GAUUAUCAUCGUUAUGCAAGCGUUUGGAUUAGGAGACCAAGCUACACACAGGCAGAACUUGUCGUGCCUCAACCUGUGGCCCCUUUCCCUCACCAAUACUUUAGUUUUGAUGAUUUCAAGAUCCUGGUCACCGGACCACAGCCUUACGAGCAUCUUUCGGGUCUCGGAGUUUGCAACCCCUUCACAAGGACUACUCUUGAAUACUUGGAACGAAUUGCAAACUCCGAGACCCGAAAGAUGCUAGAAGAGAUCAUCGAUAUCUACCGUCUGAAGGAAAUCUUGGAGAAAAUGCUGUACAAGAACUUGAGAAAGACGCACUUCUUCAUUGAUGGGGGCAAAUCCACGGAGUAUGACGGUUUCCGGAUGAUUAUAUACCAGCUCUGGCUAUUGAGGCCUUCA